UGGUAGUGGCGGUAAUGAAAGGCUUCCCGGCCUUGUGUAGCAAAAUGGUCGACAGAUUCCCCCAGUGAGUGUGUGACGUUCUCUUCCCCGACGUGUUGUGUUGGUGUCUCAUUCGCUUUUUAACGAAAAGUCUAUUAUAUGUAACUGUUUGUGUUUAUUUUCCUGUUGAGUGUUUUGUGUUUAUCCCAUUGCAUUUCUAUUAUUUUGGAAUACACGGAUUUUACCAGUUUGUUAUCCACGUAUGGAAAAACGAAAAUUAAAAAGGAGGAUGGACUGUGACUCGUGAAACUAGGUUAUUUGAGUGGGCCUGAAGAAUCGGUGAAUACCGGUAGUUGCCGUAAUGCCAACUUAUCACAAUGCGAGUGGUGGUUACCCAAAUGUAUCAGCGCCAACUCGGCAGGGAAAGGUUGAUGGAAACCAAAAUCAUCAUACAAUAUCAUCGAACGUAACGGCCCAUUCUAUAAUUCAGAACGCAAUUCAGUCGCUGCAGUCGAUUCAAUCAAUGCACUCGAUACCUACAAAUAACUUGACUGGAUCAAACAAUAUGUUGCCACAUCCAGUUUUACCGAUCAUGACAACUCAUUCGUCUGUCACAUCGCAGAAUGUACAAACCCACAUGAGUCCUGUUACUUCACCAGUUAUUUUAACACCAAAUGCCGUACCCAAUUCGAGUAACUUGACAGUAUUGUCGGCUAAUACGAGACAUGAAGUUAAACUUAAUGCUAUGCCAUGGUUUCAUGGAAAAAUAUCAAGAGAAACAGCAGAAAGACUUCUACGACCUCGAGAGGACGGUCUCUUUCUAGUCAGAGAAUCGACAAAUUUUCCAGGUGAUUACACGCUGUGCGUGUGUUUUCAGGGAAGAGUCCAGCACUACCGAGUUAAAUACAAAAACAAUCAAUUAACAAUCGAUGAUGAAGAAUUCUUUGAGAAUCUUGCUUUACUCGUGGAACACUACGAGCAAGAUGCAGACGGUUUGUGCACACAGUUGACUAAAUCCCUGCCAAAACAGGGCAAACAGGAUUUUUGCGUCGAUCCGAAAGCCUUUAUCGAGGCUGGAUGGGUCAUACAGACCCAUGAGCUCGAGUUACGUGAAUGCAUAGGCAAGGGAGAGUUUGGUGAUGUUUUACUCGGGGUUUAUCGGGGCGAACGUGUAGCUGUUAAAAUGUUAAAGGAUAAUAGUGAAGCAGCACAAAGGUUUCUCGCUGAAGCAAGUUUAAUGACAUCACUCAUACAUGACAAUCUCGUUAAGUUACUUGGUCUCGUAUUUAAUAAUCAACAUAUGUACCUGGUUACUGAAUACAUGAGCAAAGGAUCGCUUGUUGAUUAUUUGAGAUCAAGGGGAAGAUUGCACGUUACCAAAAAGGAUCAGAUUAAUUUUACAUAUGAUACAUGUGCUGGAAUGGCCUAUUUAGAGUCCCGCCAUGUGGUCCAUCGAGAUCUAGCUGCUAGAAACGUCCUUGUAGCUGAAGACAAUUCAGCAAAAGUGUCAGACUUUGGUUUAGCGCGAGAUGAAAAUUUUUCGCUCGAUGGAGGUAAACUUCCGAUCAAGUGGACUGCACCAGAGGCUUUAAAACAAAAUAAAUUUUCCAAUAAAUCCGACAUGUGGAGCUUUGGAAUUCUCCUCUGGGAAAUUUAUUCUUUCGGCCGAGUACCUUACCCCAGAAUACCAUUGGCAGAUGUCGUUAAGUGCGUAGAGAAAGGAUAUAAAAUGGAACCACCGGAUGGAUGUCCCUCGGAAGUUUAUGAUAUAAUGAAGCAGGCUUGGGAUUUACAACCAGAGAAGAGACCAUCGUUUCACGAUAUUAAAGUUAAACUCGCUUUUCUGAAGGCUGAGUACACCAAAUAUGCAAAUUAAACAAAGCUACUUAUACCAUGUGGAUUUUUUUUAUUAUGCAGAAAGCAACAUACGAGCGCUUCGUUCUCUGAAAUACGUUGAAUUAAGAGGAGAAUAUAUUACGAAAUUCAGAAGCUCUCGAGGCUUUACUGAGAUGACCUGACCAAUAGAUAGAAUAUUUAAAUUUUUAUUGACAAUUGCAUAAAGAAUAGAAUGAAAACUAUAAUUAUACAAUGAUAAUAUAGUAGAAAUGUGAGGUACACUUGACUUCUUUCAUUUUAAUAUCAUCCUGGCUUCAUUUUUAAGCUAUUCUAAAUCUUCCAAAGAGUAUUCAAUUAAUUUCUAUCGAAGAUCCUUUAGAUAUGACUCUCUCUAUUGGUUAGAUUAUCGUGUUCGUUACAAGUAACUGAGGGAAAAUUGACUGUGAAAUUUCGUUGAUUUUAUUUGUAUUUAUUAUCAAUUUAGUCUGGUAAUUGGAGGAUCGUCCGUCACAUUAACUCCUCUUUUCAUUCAUUCGUAAUAUUUAACAACCACGUUACCUAUGUCGAUUGUGCCUUUGUUCACGUAGAUAUUUUUUUAUCAGAAUGAGUAUUCGAAAGUGGCACUUCACCAAAUUUGAUGAAAACCCCACAAGACUGGUCACUCAAUCGUUCGAAAUUUUUCAUUAACAUGAGGCAACAAUUUUUGAAGAUAAUAGAAAUAAGAAUGACAACACGGUAUUAAAUUAACAAAUUUUUAUGAUGCAAAAUUUGGAAUAUUCAAAACACUAUAUCAGUACACAAGACUGUUUCAAAAUUAUGAGUUUAUGUAGAUUCUACUGUCUAUUGCAUGGAUAUGUUUUCAUAGUAACUUGUUUUCACAAAGUGGUGAUUCCUGGAGCACAAACUACAAUCCUUCGAAUCUAUGCACAUGAAACAAUCGUAAUUACUCUCACUUAAAGAAUAAACAGAUUGAUAAGUAGCUUAGGUUCAUGCUCAAAAGUCGUACGUGUUAAUUCCAUAAUUUCAUCCAUUAGUCCACGUAGAUCUGCUAUUUCAGCUGAAAUCAGUAUGAAGUAUAAACGAAGAGAGAAAUUAAUACUGUAUAUUAAUACUUUUUUUUUUAUCAAAGAUAUACAGUAGUUAGAUUAUUAAGCGGUAUUAAAAUUCAAUAUAUGGAGUGACUAAGGUACACAACUCCCAUCGAUUACGAGAUAUUUGUCAUGAUUAUCAACAAUGUAAAUUGAAAUGUAAAUAAUUUUGUACAUAGCUAUAAUUUUAAAUUCGGAAUGAGUGAAAUUCCAGUAGACCGAGGAGAAAGAAACGUUAACAAGUGAUUAGAGAUUUAAAACAAAUGUUCAUAUACUCGUUUAAAGUUCUAAACCUACAUAUAAUGCAUUUUAUGCAAUAAUAAAUGAUUGAAAGAAGGUGAAAAAUAGUUGUGAGAUCACUUUGGGUAUUUGCCAGCUCAAAGACACUAUAAGAAAUAUUUAAUACUACAUUGAGUUUUCGAUUGCAGGGUGAACUAUCCUCGAAAACAUUUAUUUCUUUAGUAGAUCAGAGUCGAAAUAUUAAGGUCAUUGUGCAGCUAUGAUUCAAGAUGCUUAACUAUGCCAACGAUAUCAUUUGUUCAACUUUCAUUCUGCUGAACUUUGAGCAAAUUAAAUAAAUUUUAAAAAAAGUAACUGUGACUCUGUGUUGCCAUUGCAGUUUGGAAUUAGAGUUAGACGUAGAUAAACGUGUAAAUUUAUACUUUAAUAUCGAUUAUCCAAUGAAAAUGAUAAUAUUCAUCAAGAAAAAUUCUAUAAAAUCGUCGAGCAUUUUCCUUUCCCUGCAUAAUUGAAAAUAUAUUUAAUAAAGUCAGUGAUAUCAUUUAUUGACAAAAUUUUAUUUGAGAACUUGAAAUUCAAUAGCGUAACACAGAGUCUGAAAUUUUUUAUAUAUUGAUAGAAGAUAUUUAUUUUGGUACUCAAAGCGCGACGAGUAACAUGUUCCCAACUGCGUUGUUUUAAAACGUAGUGAUGAAAGAUAAAAUUUCCGUUUCCAUCUUCACUUGUAAUCUUGAAUUCAUUAGAUCUUAAGAAAUUUAAUAUAUAUUAAAAUCGAAUACGCAAAUAUAUAAUUGAAUUGAAGCAAUAACAAGUUUUCAUUUACUGCACCGUUUCAUUUACCUAGGUUAAAAGAAUAAUUGGUUUAAUUAGUGAUUUUCUGUGCUUCUAUCUACUUCUAUCCUCGUGUGGUUCAUUGGUAAUUCUUUUACGAUGGAAAACGCUCAUAAACGAUGAAGUUAAAUUUUUCACAAUCUUCAUAAUCGUUGACAUCGGAAACUGAAUUCAUUCUAAUAGAGAAUAAAAAUGAAACUACUUUAAUAUUCAGCGUUGAGUGAUCUAUAAAGAGGUGCAAUAUAAAAGACUUUGUAAUUGCCAACUGGUGCAAAUAAAUUGAUGUUUUAUUGCG